AAGGGAGAGAUGGUGGUGACGUUCGACGAGAGGAGAAGGGGGCCAAGCAUAGAUACCUGUGGUACCUCAGGGGUAACUAAAGGACCGCUGGAGCCAAAGUGACCAAUUCAGAGAGGCACAAUAUGGAGAAUUUAGAGAUCCUGAUCUCCGACAGCGGCUGGAGAAUGAGUUUGAGUGGUAAAGUCGCAGUGGUGACCGGAGCCGUCAUGGGGAUCGGAAAAGCAAUGACGGAGAAACUUCUGCAAAGUGGUGCCAAGGUCGCUCUCCUGGACAUGAAUGAAACCGAAGCAGAGAGUUUAAUGCAGGUGCUCACCAAACAGUACGGACAAGAGAGGGUUUUGUUCCUGCACUGUGAUGUCGAACAGGAGGAGCAGGUCAAAGCUGCCUUUCAGAAAACCAUGGACACCUUUGGAGGAAUCCACAUCCUGUGCAACAACGCUGGGAUCUUGAACGAGAGCACGUGGGAGAAAAUGAUCUCCGUCAAUCUGGUCGGAGUUAUCAGAGCGACUUAUCUGGUCCUGGAGCACAUGAACAAGUUGAAAGGAGGACAAGGAGGAGUCAUUGUCAACACAGCAUCCUUGGCAGGUAUUGGUCCUCUGACGAGCUGUCCGGUCUACACAGCCUCCAAACACGGAGUGGUCGGCUUCACUCGGGCCAUGUCGGCUGCCAGUGCACUGUCAGGAUACGGCGUACGCAUCAACUGUCUGUGUCCAGGUUUCGUUCAAACCGGCCUCUUCUCCAACAUCCCGGCCAGACUGGGACCAUUCUCCCACCUGAAAGAUGGAACUCAACUGCUAGUUGAAAAGUUUGGGAUAGUGAAUAUGUCUCAGGUGGUCGAGGCCUUCUUUGAGCUGGUAACGGACGAGACGAAGGACGGGGAGGCUCUGCUGGUUUUCCAACAGGAGAGAAAAUACAUGCCUGCUGUGUCUGUAACAGACUAGCUCCACAACACGACACUUAAUACAUGUUAUAAAUGUCUGUCCAUGUUUUGAGAACUCAGUCUCUCAGGGACAUCAGUCAGGUUAUAGAUAUUUAAGCAGUCAAACCUCAAGGUCACUUUGACCUCAGGCUUGAGCUCCAAAAACACUAAUCAUGACAUACAACAACUACAAGUGUAGACAUACAUAUAGAUUAUUGUGAUUAUGCAUAUUUGACUACUUUAAGGUUUAACUAAUGAAAGAAGAUUACUGUCAACUGAUCUGAAAUCAGCAUAAUUCUGUGAGAUGAUCACACAGUAAUUCGGCAAAUUUUCUUCAAGCUUAAAUUCAUUCCAUGUCAUAAUGAUGUCAUUCUAAAUAUAAAGCUUUAUUUGAUGUUUCAGUUUCCCGGUAAUAAAUAUGCUUCAUACUGUA